CAACUCCAAUACAUACUCAAUCAUGCCGCCAUCUCUUGUCCGAAUUGAUGCCAAUGAACCUCUUGAUGAGAUCUUGAAAGUCAUCGAGCGCGAUGGUGGUGCGAUCGUCACCAAUUUUCUGUCACCAGAGCUUUUGAAAGAGUCAAUGGAUGCCAUUGAGCCUUCGUUCAUUGGCCGCAAAUUGUACGAUUCAAAGGCCUCACAUGACGAGCUUGGUGCCGACUUCUUUCCAGAAGGAUCCCAGCGUGUCUAUAUACCGGAUCAGCUGACUAAGAUUGUGCGUCUUCCAGUCUGGCAAGGUAUCAUGGCACGUUUCUUGAACGACGAGUUCGCCUCUUACACAGGAGAGACUCUCGUGCCUCAAAAGAGUGGGUAUAUGCUGGCAUCGACUGCAGCUCUACGCCUGGUACCAGGAGCUAAGCCUCAACCAUUGCAUCGUACCAGACCUGACCCUAACAAUCCUUUCUUCACGCCAAUGGUUGGAUGUUUGAUCGCGGGAUCGAGAUGUACCUACAAAAACGGUGCCACAGCUGUCAUCCCAGGAAGCCAUCUCUGGGGGACCGAUCGUGCUCCCAAGACAGACGAAGUCACAUAUGCAGAGAUGGAGCCUGGCUCGGCUCUUUUUACGCUCGGGUGUAAGUACUCGGCUGAGAAGCUGAUGUCGGAACAGAGCAUUGCUGACGAUGUUACCCGCAGCNNAACAUACCAUGGUGCCGGAGAGAACAAAUGUGGAAAGGACGACCCCGAUGCUUUGCGAACUCUGUUCGCAAACUGCAGCCAAAGAGACUACUUCCGUCAAGACCAGGAGGAAGCCAUUUCAACUCCUAUUGAGAUUGCCCGCAAGUUACCAGAGGAUAUACUCCGAUUGGCAGGGUAUUACAAGUCUGUUGGAGGUGUAGGAUUUGUUGAGGACCACCAACAUCCUGUCGAGUUCCUGCAAAGUAAUGAUAACGGGCUUGGAAAGUUUGGGCCUGCUGCCACUCAGUUGGCGGUU